AUGGAUAGUCGAGUCACCAAAGCCGAGAGCCGCAUCGAGAUUGUAGAGGCUAAAACAGAAGAGUUGGAGCAAGCUGCGAGUUUUGUAUCCUCAAGGCUAGACAUUUUAGAACAGCGCAAUUCCAAUGCGGACAAUGCCAUUGUGACCGUCAAGGAACAGGAAAAGAUAAUCAGUGCGAUCAGCGGGGAAACCCGUAACGACGACACAGAAUCGCUUUUGCGGGACUUCCUGUUUUUUGAAAUUGGUAUCGAUCGCCGGAUCGAGUACGGUAAUGUUCAUCGUUUUGGCAAGUUCAUCAAGGGCAAAGAUCGACCCAUCGUUGCCCGGUUCCUUUAUAAUGCGGAUCGUCUGUUGGUACAACGCAACUCCCAUCGGCUCGCGGGAUCGCGAUAUGGAGAAUAUGAACAGUUCCCUUCAGUGAUCGAGGAGCGUAGGAAGCAGUUGUACCCUGUUAAAAAGCAAAACAAACUUGCCGGCAACAACGUGAGACUAGUUUGCGACAGGCUAUACAUCAACGGGGAGUUGUACAACGGUGAUGCCGUCCAGUCCAAACCCACGGACUGGACAAUUGUUUAA